AUGGGAGAUGCAGACCGGGAAGCAGAAAUUAUCAAAUCUUCUAUGUAUUCUCAUGUUCCUGUAUUUGAGGAUACAUAUUCUUCUGGAGCAAAUGGAGACACUUCUAACAGGACUCCAGCUUCAUCACCAGGUCACGGUGACACUUACCAAAGCAGAGGUAGCAGAGGAAGUCGACGAGGACCAAAAGUAACCUAUAUACCACCUCCUUCACCUGAGGAUGAGGAGUCCAUCUUUGCACAUUAUCAACUAGGGAGAAACUUUGGCAAAUACGAUUGUAUUCUUGUAGAGGUAUCCGGACCCAAUGCACCACCACCAAUUCUAACUUUUAAAGAAGCUAAUCUCUGUCAGACACUGAAUGACAACAUUGCUAAAGCUGGUUAUACUAAGCUUACUCCUGUGCAGAAAUACAGUAUUCCUAUUAUCCUAGCAGGACAAGAUUUGAUAGCUUGUGCACAAACAGGGUCUGGAAAGAGCGCGUUUCUCUUGCCAAUUUUGGCUCAUAUGAUGAGUGCUGGAAUAACUGCCAGUUGUUUUAAAGAGCUGCAGGAAUCCGAGUGUAUUAUUGUAGCACCAACUCGAGAAUUAAUCAGGCAGAUCUAUUUGGAAGCCAGAAAAUUUUCUUUUGGGACUUGUGUAAGAGCUGUUGCUAUAUAUGGGGGAACCCAGUUUGGGCAUUCAGUCCGUCAGAUAGUGCAAGGCUGUAAUAUAUUGUGUGCUACUCCUGGAAGACUGAUGGAUAUCAUAGGCAAAGAAAAGAUUGGUCUCGGACAAAUCAGAUACUUAGUUUUGGAUGAAGCUGUUCGCAUGCUGGAUACAGGCUUUGAACCAGAAAUGAUAAAGUUAAUUUCCUGCCCAGGAAUGCCACCAAAGGAGCAGUGUCAAACCAUUAGGUUUAGUGCAACAUUUCCAGGAGAAAUUCAGAGGUUGGCUGGGAAGUUUUUGAAGCGGAAUUACUUGUUUGUUGUGGUUGGACAAGUGGGGAGAGCAUGUAGAGAUGUUCAGCAGAUCAUUCUCCCAGUUGGCCAGUACUCAAAAAGAGAGAAACUUGUUGGAAUUCUACUAAACACAGGUGAUGAAAGAACCAUGGUUUUUGUUGAAACUAAGAAAAGAGCAGAUUUUAUUGCCAGUUUUCUUUGUCAAGAGAAAAUAUCAACAACAAGUAUUCAUGGUGACUGGCAGCAGCGAGAGAGAGAGAGAGAGCAGAGUCUAGGGGAUUUUCGCUGUGGAAAGUGCCCGGUUCUUGUUGCUAUCUCAGUAGCGGGCAGAGGGCUGGAUAUUGAAAAUGUUCAACAUGUUAUCAAUUUUGAUCUUCCUUCUACCAUUGAGGAAUAUGUCCAUCGAACUGGACGUACUGGUUGUUGUGAAAAUACUGGCAGAGCUAUUUCCUUUUUUGAUCCUGAAUCAGAUAACCAUUUCGCACAGCCUCUGGUGAAAGUAUUGUCAGAUGCUCCAGAUGUUCCUGCAUGGUUGGAAGAAAUUGCCUGUAGUACCGUUCCAGGCCCCAGUGGUAGUACAAGAGGAAAUGUGUUUGCAUCAGUUGAUACUAGAAAGAAUUACCAGGGCAAGAGCACUUUCAACACAACAGGGUUUUCUUCAUUACAAGCUCCCAAUCCAGUAGGUGAUGAGUCAUGGGAUUAA